AUGGCCGAUGAUCUCUCUUCCUUCGCCAAGGAUGUUUUGCUUGUAAAGGGUUUGAAGAGUUCUACGUUUGUGUGGAGGCUGGUUGUCUUGACUUUUGUAAUGGUCUGUGGUGUGUAUAUAUGUUCAAUUUGUCUGAAGCAGAUAGGCACUGGCAGCAAGAUUGGUUUUGUAGACAUCAAGAUUGUUCAAAAACCAUGCCCAGAACCUAACAUUGAACCUUGGGAGAUUCCUUAUGUGCACUACCCUAACCCCAAAACUUACAGCAGGGCGGAAUGCGCUUGCCACCCUGUGCGCUAUUUUGCUAUUCUGUCAAUGCAGAGAUCUGGGAGUGGAUGGUUUGAGACGUUUUUAAACAGUCAUGAUAACAUAAGCUCAAAUGGGGAAAUCUUUUCGGUUAAGGUGAGAAGGAGUAACAUGUCAACAAUAACGGAGACUCUGGAUACAAUUUAUAAUCUAGACUGGUUAAGUAGUGCUUCAAAAAAUGAGUGCACCACUGCUGUUGGCUUGAAGUGGAUGCUUAAUCAGGGAUUGAUGCAGCAUCAUGAACAAAUUGCUGAGUACUUCAGAUUACAUGGUGUUUCGCUCAUAUUUCUUUUCAGAAGGAAUCUUUUGCGCAGGAUGGUUUCUGUUCUUGCUAAUGAAUAUGAUAGAAAUGCUAAGCUACUAAACGGGACUCACAAGUCUCAUGUUCAUUCACCCAAGGAGGCAGAAGUACUUGCACAAUACAAGCCUGUAAUCAAUUCAACAUUGCUGAUUGGACAACUAAGACAAGUGAAUGAAACCACGACCAAAGCUUUGGAGUAUUUCAAGAGCACCCGGCACAUUAUCCUGUACUAUGAAGACGUAGUAAAAAACCGUACAAAACUAAGGGAUGUUCAGGAUUUUCUAAAGGUUCCUCAAAUGGAUUUGAAGAGCCGUCAAGUGAAGAUACAUAAAGGGUCCUUAUCCAGCCAAAUUGGAAACUGGGACAAUGUAAGCAAGGCACUAACAGGAACACCAUACGAGAGUUUCAUCCAUGAAGAUUAUCGUAGUUGCUUGAAGAGCCAACAGGAGAACCACCCUGUUGAAAUUUUGGCCACUGUCCUCUCUCAUUUUUGUAGUCGUUAUUCUUGUCUUCUUAUUCACUUGUUAGUCAAAUUUGCGCGUUUAGAGGAGACACCUAAAAGUCUAAAAUUUGAUUCCGGAAGUACCAAGUUGACUAGGAAACGUGACACGGUGGCUUCAAUAUCUCAGCCUGGUCUUGGCAUCUCCGCACCCGCUUGGACCAG